AGGAUAAAUUAGUCAAUUAGUCGGUUUUGGGUGUGUCAGAUUUAAUGAAGAUUUAAUGAAGAUUUAAUGAAGAUUUAAGAUAUCACUUUUGAUUAUGGUCAUGACCACUUGGGAGUCAUUUCAGAGCAUAGUGCUGACUUAAUCAUUGUUGAUAGUCUCAACUUCUGGCCCAGUUAUCUAACAGACAAUAAUGAAAGGUCGAGUGCAUAAACUUCUGGACAAUGAUACGUAACAAUUAAUUCAGACGAAUCGGCAAUUCCGAUCUGAAGUAAUAUAAAAUGUAAAAUCACUGUAUCUGUAUAAAUUUAUAUUAUUGAUCUCGUGAUGUGUCACAUGACCCGUCAUCUCAUUAUUAAUCAAUCUCUAACUAUAUCAAUCACCUAAACUCCUCUUAUUACUACCAAUUACUACUCAUAUUUCAUGGAAACUUCUCAGAAGCCAUAUCUGGCCAAUGAAGAAUAUCUCCGACUGUUGGUGCUCGAAUUUAUUCCACAAUUUCCCAACGAAAUCAUCACUGAUAUAGUAGAUCAUCUUAAUGAAAAAUAUAUUAAUGAUGUAUUUCUUUACCUUCCCUCAUUCAAACAAGCCAUAACUCCAUUAUAUCAUGCUAAAGAACUUCAUUUUGUACUUUCACCCACUUCUAGACCAUAUGUGACCCAUUUUCCCCUAUUGAAAAGACCAACAAUUACCCUAUAUCCAUUAUCUUCAAUAGAAGAUUUCCUUCAAACUCAUCCAGAUAUAAUUCCUCGAAAAUUAUUACUAGUGGCUGGUACAGAAUAUGAAUCUCUUCAUCAAUUAAUGGAAAAGUAUCGAACUAGACUUUCCAAUCCAUCCACUUCAAUAGAAAUUACUCUUGAAAAUUAUCCACUAACGGCUGAAGACAUUAACUUUUUAUUAUCAUUCCCCAACAUUCAUCGCUUGCAUUUCUCCAGGAUAUCACUUAUGGAUCAUGGAAAACCCAUACUAGAUAAUGAUAAUUCAGUAAUAACCACUUAUACAUCACUUAAAGAGAUUGUAUUUCUAGGAACUCGAAUCAUUGAUUGGUCUCAUAUCCAAUUCUCCCCUAACGUUAGUCACCUUGAUAUAUCAUGGAAUUCCAAAGUAGAUGCUAAUUCCAUUAAUAUUCCUAGACAAUUAGAAGAAUUAUACUUUAAUUCUUUAAAUAUAAAUACUGACAAACUUGUACUUCUAAGACUUCCCCCAACAUUAAAGAAUCUUACUUUAACCCAUAACCAAAUCUCAUCGUUCCCAUUAUCGGUAUUUCCUCGAACACUAGAGAAUCUCGAUAUCUCAGCCAAUGAAAUCAGACAAUUUGAAAUCGAUGAUGAUUGGCCCCCUAACCUUAGUGCCAUCCUUAUGUCUACCUGUGAUUUGGACGAUACUAUACUUGAACAACUUAAAGAAGUACCAUGGCCUCAAAAUUUGAAAUAUUUGGUAUUGAAUGGUAAUGAUAUCCAUAGUCUUGAUUGUUUGGGAGUACUUCCUGAAGGUCUUGAACAGUUAGACUUACAGUAUACUAAAAUCACCAGCUUUAAAGUCUACUCAGAUGAGCUGCACUAUUAUCAAUUCCCUAAUAGUCUUGAAGUAUUACGAUUUGGCAGUACUAAAUUCUGGUUUGAUCCUUCAUUUGAUGAUGAUCGAUUUGAAUUUCCUCCUAACCUUGUGGAACUAGACUUAUCAGAUUGUAAGAUUGAUUCAUUAAAGUACUUUAAGUUCCCAGAAUCAUUACAAACAUUAUUACUUUCUCAUAAUAAAAUCAAAGACAUUGGUUCCUACAAUUCUAGUAGUUUAAACAUAAAUUGGAAAGACUUGAUAGGACUCAAAAAUUUAUCCAUCUAUCAUAACUUAAUCUCCAAUGCUUCAUUACAACACUGGAUUCCACCUGAGAAUUUAGAACUGUUGUACUGUCAUGGUAAUCUGUUAGAGAAGAUUGAUAAUCUGUUAGCAUUAUUCAAUGAUCAAUAUGCUGAACAAACUUCUCAUUUAAAAGUUAUCGACUUUUCCAACUGUAUAAUAUCCCAGUUUGAUCGAUCAGUAGUAUUGCCUAAGAAUCUUGAAACUCUCAAUUUAAAUCGAAACAUUCUAGAAUCGGUAUAUCUAACUGAGAAGAUGAUGAAUCAUGGACAUUUGCGUCACUUGGAUUUGAAACUUAAUGUCAUUAAAGAUAUCCAAUUUGAAGUACCUCAUGGUAACUCCAAACUUAUGAAUAUAGAUCUUUCCAAUAACCUUCUCUUAGCCAAUGAAAAGGGACCGUUGAAAAGACAAUUAGUUAGUGAAUUUUAUGAUAAACUUCAAAAAGGAAUUGGUAAACAAGUUAAAACUCAACGUUAUAAUACCAAUAGCAAUCAUGAAUUCAUCUAGAUUACAUUAUUUUACAUAUUUAACUUUCUUUAAAACGGUUUUAUAUUGAUAACUAGUGCACAAAAAUUGAUAUAUGUAUGUAUGUAAUAUAUAUAUAUAGUAUAUGUAAUGUAAUGUAAUGUAAUGUAAUGGAUAUCUAACGACGGUCAUUAGAUCCAAUACCUCUUUUACCAG